AUGUGUCCAUCAAUCGGAAAAAAGAAGCUUUGCUUCACCCUUGCGGCAUUAUUCUUCGUUCUGCAGAUAUUUCAGCUUUUCCGUUUCUUGGUUGGGCACCCCGGGAGCAAGGUUCAUAACCUCAAAUAUUUCACGUGGGAGACUCCAGGCUUUGCCUACUUCAACAACCAGUUUAUCCUACACCUUGCCUCGGCUGUUCAUAACCCUCUCCCGUCCCGCAAACUCCUCUCCCCAGGCAUCACCUGUCCAGCCAUACGAGGAGUGCAAGAGACACAGGUGAUCCCCAUCACCGAUGUCUUUGAAGCACGCGGGCUCCAGGCAUUGGGCUACGAGACCAAUCUCCAACGAUGGUCAGACCCCGCCGCAAAAGAAGCAGCAACUCGACGCGUGGACUACUAUACAGACAUUACCGAAGGGCCAGAUUUAAUCAUUGAAGCUAAGGCCCAUACCGAAUCCUACUGGCAAUGGAGCGCAAUCCGGUUUGUCCUCGAAUUCUUCGUCCUCCCCUGGACGCCCAGUCGAUGGCGCUCUGCCGCCCAUCACUUUCAGCUUACCCAGCCGCUUCAGCAGUGCGUGGACAGCAUUAUCCCGGACAUCGUCCCAAACGCUAUAGCCAUGCAUCUACGCAUGUGGCCGUCGGAUCUGUCUUUCGGACAGAACGACGCCUGCUAUCAUGGUGAGGUCCCGAUCUUGAAGUACAUUUUCUCCAAGUGCGAAUGGACAGGGCUAUAUCUAUACGAGAAUGUUCUACGAGUUCAAGAGAGCAAUAGACAACCCGUCAUCAUUGCGACCGACGAUUGGGACCACCCUGCUGUGAUAGACCUCAUUCACCGCCUGGGAUCCAGGGCACAUUUCAUGGAGAUGACUGAGACCUGUACAUCCUCUAUUGGAAAUGCUCAUCCCCCUGAAGAGAUACAAUGGCGAACAGCGACGUAUUGGCCGAUAAUUGAGGCGGCGACUCUGGUUCAAGCAGAGGCCUUCAUCGGCUCGUUCUGGUCAACAUUCUCACAGCUCAUUGCUGUCCGUCGUCGAAGGGCACAUCGGACAUUCUUUGUUCAGCAUAAGGCACAGGAGCUUGUGUGGCAGAACCGGUGGUUGCUAACACUGGGCUUAGCUGGAGUACUGGUUUGGGUUGUUGUUAGGGUUUCCCGUCGGUUACAUCGGUAG